AUGCAUCUCCUCACUAUCGUCUUCGCUUUUCUGGCUGCUGCCACUGCCAGUGUCGCAGUUCUCGAGGAGCGAGAUGUCUACAGGCCAAACAGCAGUGACCGAGGACGCACUGACAGUUCUUACAACCCUAGCAAUGAAGGCCACGGGUUCUGCACUUGUGAUCGGACCGGUGUUUUCGGUGUCUCAGUGGUCGUUAGACAGAUGUCAUCUGUUAGACUUCUUGCUCAUGCCAUAGUUCUUAGCUUCAUCCAACUCAGCAUCAUGCACCUUGAUGUCUCCCUUCGUGACCUCUAA